AUGACAACAUCAAAGACGACAACAACUGAAGGGCCAACUGCUCCACCAACUGCUCCACCAACCGAUCCUCCAACAACAUCCGCAACUACAACUGAAACAACGCCAACAACUGAGCCAACUACAACUACGACUACGACAACUACGACUACGACAACCACGACGACAACAACAACUACGAAUCCAUGCCCUGUCAGCCCUGAUCCUUGUCAAAAUGGAAGUCAAUGUGUCGUUGAUGGAGGAACUUACAAUUGCAUCUGCCCACCCGGAUUCCAAGGUCGAAAUUGUGAUCGAGUCUGUGUUCUGCAGAAUGAACGCUUGGACAUUUCAAUCGUUGUUGACACAUCUGGAUCUCAAGCUAAUCAAAAGGCGCCUGUUAUUGAAGCUUUUAUGACAGCUCUCUUGGCUGAGUUCGAUACACAAACUGCAGUAAAAGUGAGUAUUACUGCGGUCGCUGAUGGACGAGAAGGACGAGUAGAGACUGUUUACGGUCCCGUUGAUUUUGCUGAUACAAGUGAUAUUUCUUCUGCACUUGAUGCAAUGACUUGGUGGGGAUCAACAACGGCGAUCGGCCCAGAAUCUGAACUGAAUUUUAGAGAGGCCAUGUCCACGAUUCAUGAGGACGUGAUUCAGGGAAUAUGCGACAGUCAGACAACAAGGAGCCAGAAAUUUAUUGAACCACAACCACCAUUCAAAAUUGUCAACCAGUUCAUCUAUGAAGUCGCAGCAAAGUACAUCGACAAUUUUGAACAAGUUCCUACCUGGCACCCGCAGUACAGUCAAUUCAUCGCAGGAAACAUCGAAGGCUUCACUUACGAGAGAGUUCCCCUUUGA